UCGCCCCACGAAAACCACUCUAUAUGAUCAGCUGAACGAAAUCUCUAUUAUUACACCGUAUCGAAAAAAGAAAGUUACUUAUAUAUAUUAAUAUUCUUCGCCGCCCCCGGCUUUUUGGAAAGUGGCCGAUGGCCAAGGGCCGGAGACUGACGACAAGCCGGAGCGAGCAGCUGCUCGGUGGCUAUGGUUAUAGCAACGGCUAUGGAUCCAGCAGCACUGACGCAUCGGAGCUCCGGGAAGAAGAUAUAUGGGCCGUGGUAGAUGAUGGAGCUGACCUGGAAGAAGAAAACACUAGCCAAGGCGGCUCUCAUUUCCCGUGGAGCCCUCCCGCAGCUGCAGACGACGGCCGCCGGCGGAGGGUCCUGAGAGGAGGAGAUAAUUGCGGCCACGUCGGCGGGCUAUCACUGGCCUUCCAGGGCUCUGCCAACACUGCCACAUCGCCGAGGAUCGUGCACCAGUACCGUGGCGGUGGGGGCGACAGCAUGAGCAUGGCUGCUUCUGUGGCCGCCUCGCCACAAGGCAGCGGCGGUGGCCACCAACACGUGGCUACUUCAGCUCCUGUGAAUGUGCCGGACUGGAGCAAGAUAUACAGGGUGGACUCGGUCGAGUCGAUGCAUGACUCGGAUGAUGGGAUGGAUGACCGGGAGGGCUCGGAGAUAGUCCCACCCCACGAGUACCUGUACGCGAGAAGCCAGAAAACGGCGGCAACUUCGGUGUUCGAGGGAGUAGGGCGCACGCUCAAGGGCCGGGACAUGAGGCGUGUCCGUGACGCCGUGUGGAGCCGAACCGGGUUUGACGGGUGAUGAUCAAUCGUACUAAGCCUGGCACGGGAUCAUAUCAUAUUCGAAUUGAGAGUACCCAAACUUCAUUCGAUCGGUUAUUUUAAGAGAUAAGGUAAAUUGAGCUCAUUAAUUAAUGAGUAGACACUUAGGCGAUUGGAUGUAAUCUUUAGAGGUUCUGGGUGAGUCCAUGAUUGUUAUAAGCGCGGUGGUCUCUUCUUGUUCUUGGUUCUUCAUCCUCUCCAAUUAAUCCUAUUUUCUGAGUUAUAAUUGAAAUGGAAAUGGAAAUUAAUUUUCUACUAA